GGUCUCGCGGUCGAGUCACGUGAUGCCUCACGUCAGCCGGUCUGAGGCUGACGGCAGCAUCCAGCAGCAAUGCCUCCUAUUGCAGAGAGGCUGGCUGAACGUACAGUAGGGGGAGCUAGCUGCAGAAGCAGCAUGCAGCUCCUCCCAGGCAGAUCUCCCAGUGGUGCUUUGCAAGAGAGCUGGCCGGACCAUGUGCCGGUGAACAAAUGUCCGUGGUGUGUGUCAGGUGCGGGUGGCUUUCUUUUCCUGCUGGCCAGAGAAAACUACAACUCCCACAAUGCAGCAAGACAGAAACAGGGAGGUGAGGGGGGUGGCUGUGUAUCUGCUCUGCCUGGAACAGCUGACAGCCUGUGUAAGGUGAAUGGAAACCAUUACCCAAGAGAGAGGGGCUGAAGCUGAAUUCCUGCAGGUGAUGGGAGAGAGCUAUCCCAUCCGCACCUUGUCAUGGUGGGAGGCCAGAGGAUGAUGCUGGAGGGGAGAUGAUGGGAUGACUGUGAUGAUGUGUGCAUUGUCUCCUUACCGGCUGCUUUCAGGUUUCCACGCUUAAGAGAUGAUCUAUCUAUGGUACUCUGUGCUGUGGGACCUCAUAGUUUUGGUUUGAAGCUAACUGAGGAUCCAAGUACAGUACCAAAAUGUAUAAACUGGAGAUGAUCUGAAUUGUCUUAAAUUUAAGUACUUUCCACCCUGAAACAAAUGAGAUGCUUCGACAAGGAAGGGGCCUGGUGUUUCCUUUUCACUAAAGUAGUUUAAGAGAAUGUUCUUAUUGGACGAUGAACAGGAAAAUGAGUAAUGGAGGUGAGGUUUGGUUUAGUCAGGGGCUUUUUCAGGUACAGCAGGACCUGGACGUCUUUAAAUACCUUCAUUAUGGAAAAAAACACAUUUUACAUGUCAGCGCUUGGGAUUAACAUGGACUAAAAUGAUUACUCAACCACCUUGAGCUGCAGGUAUGGAUGGUUUUGCAAAACCUGAGCCCAUCUUGUGGCAAAACUCUACAGACACAAAGGAAAAUGGAAUGUGGCAUGAUACGCAGGAUUAUGGGGUCUCCAACCCUCUGUGGACUGCUGUUUUUGAUUAUGAAGCUACAGCAGAGGAGGAGCUGACAUUACGGAGAGGGGACUUGGUGGAGAUCCUAUCCAAGGACUCUACAGUCUCUGGUGAUGAAGGUUGGUGGACUGGAAAAGUGAGAGACAAAGUAGGCAUCUUUCCCAGCAACUAUGUGGUCAGUGAUCUUAAGUACACCACCUUAAGGGCUGCCCCAAAGGAUUUCCCCCAUCCGUUGCAGAUCAAGUUUGAGGAGCUAGAUUUGGAGGAAAUCAUUGGGGUGGGCGGUUUCGGGAAGGUCUACAGGGGAAUAUGGAGAGAAGAAGAGGUAGCAGUAAAGGCAGUACGGCAUGACCCAGAUGAAGAUAUCAACGUAACGGCAGAAAAUGUCAGACAAGAAGCCAAGUUGUUUUGCAUGUUACAUCACCCUAAUAUUAUAGCCCUGAAAGGAGUAUGCGCGACACCUCCGCAUCUUUGUCUGGUCAUGGAGUAUGCCAGAGGUGGACCUUUACACCGUGCCCUGGCUGGCAAAAAGGUCCCAGCUCAUGUACUAGUUAACUGGGCUGUGCAGAUUGCACGAGGCAUGAAGUAUCUUCAUGAUGAAGCUAUUGUUCCCAUUAUCCACAGGGACCUGAAAUCCAGCAAUGUCCUGAUACUUGAGAAGAUUGAGAACAAUGACUUGUAUAACAAGACAUUGAAGAUCACAGACUUCGGUUUGGCCAGGGAGUGGCAGAAGACAACAAAGAUGAGUGCAGCAGGCACCUAUGCUUGGAUGGCUCCAGAAGUCAUCCGACUCUCUCUCUUUUCCAAGAGCAGUGACGUGUGGAGUUUCGGGGUUCUUCUGUGGGAGUUGCUUACUGGAGAGGUGCCGUAUCGGGAAAUUGAUGCUCUGGCUGUUGCCUAUGGGGUUGCAAUGAACAAACUCACUCUUCCGAUCCCAUCAACGUGUCCAGACCCAUUUGUUAGGAUCCUGGAAGCAUGUUGGAACCCGGAUCCUCACAGCCGUCCCUCUUUUUCUGUAAUUUUGGAGCAACUGAUAACUAUAGAGCAGUCAGCUAUGUUCCAGAUGCCCCUAGAAUCGUUCCACUCCCUGCAGGAAGACUGGAGAUUAGAGAUUCAGCAGAUGUUUGAUGAGCUCAGGACUAAAGAGAAGGAGCUGCGCAGUCGGGAAGAGGAACUGGUGCGUGCAGCAGAGGAACAGAAGAACCUGGAGGAGAUGCUCCGGAGAAGGGAGCAGGAACUGGCAGAGCGAGAGAUUGACAUUGUUGAGCGGGAGCUGAACAUCAUAAUGUACCAGAUGUACCAAGAAAAACCCAAGGUCAAGAAACGGAAGGGGAACUUUAAGAAAAGUCGUCUGAAGCACAAGGAUGGGAAUCGGAUCAGUUUACCGUCAGGGUUUGAACACAAAAUCACAGUACAAGCAUCUCCUACGCUGGACAAGUGUAAGGGACAGGGUUCCAGCAGCUAUAGUCCCCCCGGAAGUCCCCUGAUCAUCCCCAGACUCCGAGCCAUCCGACUGACCCCUGUGGAUGGAAGUAAGACCUGGGGCCGCAGCUCCGUGCUGAAGAAAGAAGAGGUGGCCUCAACAAAAAAGAAAGGAAGAACAUGGGGCCCUAGUUCAACACAGCCAAAAGAGAGAGUUGGAGGAGAGGAGAGGCUGAAAUCACUUGGAGAAGGCAGCAAGCAAUGGUCAAGCAGCGCCCCCAAUCUCGGCAAGUCUCCCAAGCACACACCUAUCAGCGUAGGCUUCGCCAGUUUGACCGAAAUGGAGGAAUAUGUGGAUAAUGAAGGCUCCGUUCCCCAGUCCCCAUAUUCCACACAGUCCUACCUCACACUUCCCCUCCAGUCCGAUGCCAGGAGUUACACGGAGGAUUCGAGCCUCUCUGCAGCAUCGUCUUCGGACAGCCCCAAGCGCAGCUCUCUGUCUCGAAGGAAAAGUGAACUUGUACUACUGGGAUGUGCCUCCCUUUUGGCAGCUGUAGCGCUGGGCAGUGACCUGGCGGAACUGGUGCCCCAGGAAGAUAAGAGAAAGGGAAUAUUUCAGUGGGCAGCUAGGGGUCCAAGGCGUAGCGCCAGUUCUCCCAGCCGAUCCAUGUCUAAAGAGGAACCGGUCAUCCCACCUAGUUCCGUUACCCUCAUCUCCUUGUCUUCCAUCUCAGACUGCAAUUCCACAAGGUCUCUCAUCCACUCAGAUAGUGACGAAGCCAGGCUGGCCAAUAAUAAUGUGCCCUGUGGGCAACAAGUUGUUGAGGAGCCCAGUAGGGAGCAGGGUGUCUCUGGUCGUAACCCACUUGUGGACUACAAAGUGGAAAGCUUCAAGCGGGACCCACGGCAAUCACUGACUCCUACCCAUGUCACAGCAACCAGGUCUGAUGCCUCAGCAACUAGAGGCCACCGGAGGACUCCUUCUGAUGGAGCAAUAAGACAGGUGACACAGGGUCACCGGCGCUCCCCCUCAGAUGGCAGCGCCCCACCACAGCUCUGUGACGCAGGUUCUAAAGAGCACACUCCAUUCCCUCGCCUUCCAGACCCCCACUUCGUGUUCCCCCCACCAGCCCGGCGUAAACUCCAGGACAAGGAUUUGGCAGUAGAGAGGCCGACCACCCUGGAAUUUGCUCCCCGCCCUCGUCCAUCCUCCAGCCGGCCCCGACUGGACCCAUGGAAAUUUGUGUCCCUGUCUCAGACUCACAGUUCAUCUCCGCCUAGCAGUGGGGCAGAUGCCAGCUCCAGCGGAUCCACAGAGGGUAUUCAGAUGGGGGGAGUUGAGGAGACUCUGCUUGACAUGGAGGUGGAGGGGCAGAGACUGGACAACACUGUCCCCUUGUGUGGGGAAGGGGUACGGCUGAAGACUGACCCUUAUUUUAAUUUGGGUACGGACGUGUCUUAAUGUGAGAGGCUGCGGGAUUAGAGUAUUAUCCAGCCGCUGCCUCAUAAAGGAAAUGAGCGGCCCUUAUGAAUGUAUUUUGUGGUUGUAACCCAACGGGUAUAAGAAAAAAACAAACAGAAAAAAAAGACUUCUGUAAGUGAUUAAAAAAAGGGGACACCCCACUUUAUUCCUAUUGUUAGGAUCAGCGUAAGCAGAGCGAGCAGAUUCCGGUGUAUGAAUGCUUUACUGCAGGCCUCCGGCCCUGACUUAUUGCAGUGUUCUCCAAGGUCACACUCUCAGUCCCUUUGUAGAUCAGGAUUUAAUGAUCUGUUAUUGAUUUCUGUGAAAAUGACUGAGCCUUUGCCUAACCCACCUGUGUUUACAGAUAUCCUUUACCACCUGUCCUGUUCUGGCAGGCAGUAUUGGCAAAAACCCUGCUGAAACCCUGCUGGAACCCUGGAGAUUGCUGGCUUAGUUUCAUUGUAGCAUGGCAAUAGGCAGGGUGUAGUGACUCCCAGCAGCUCACGUGCUCCAUCCAUCGUUGUCUUAAUGGUGACCGAAGUAUUAAUAAAGAAUGUUACCACUCUC